AUGACCCGAAGACAAGUAGACGACCUCUCCUCCAACCCCUCGCCACUAGGUGACCAUCAAGAUCACGGGAUGAUGUCCCCACCGCCUCCGCAAGCUUCCCCCGCCCAAAGAUCCCCUUGCAUAAGGGAGCAGUCGGAGUCGCCCACCCUUUUGGCAACCAUGACGCCAGUCAACGUUAUGGAGCUCAAGAAGGAGAUGGAGGAAGAAAGUGCCAUGGGAAGACCUCCCCUAUACGCUCAGGUGAAGACCGAAGUGUUGUACGAGAAAGAUGACGAUAUUUAUGCUCAAGGGAUGCAGGACAAGAAUGAUGCCCCGAUAGACUUGAUCUACGAGGACGGAAACAAAACUGUUAUCUAUACUACCGCUCCCGAUCAAUAUUCCGCGGACAAUUCGGGCGAAAUAACUAUCAAUAACAUUAGCGCGCAUCAGAUAAACGGUCAGCAAAUUUCGGACGUGCUCAUUGAUAACGCGAGUACCAUGUCUGGAGAGCCAGUUGGCAGUCCACAGGGCACGGUCUCUGUAGUCCUGCAAGGCAACGGACAAGGUCUGCUGCAGUAUCCUGCGCAGGCGCAGGUCCCUGGUACCACGGUACUGGUACUGUCAGAGCUGGUGGACGAUGUAGGAGUGCCAGUUGUCGGACUCAGGUUAGUAACACGAUCUAAGUAUUUGAGGUACCUAUCUUAUUCGUUUUCAUUGACGUUGUUGAUAGAACCCUCGAUAGAACCUGAUGUAUAUAUCGCAUAUUCUUAUGUGUCUACAUACAAGUAUGGAAUAACCCGAUAG